AAGGUGUAGGAGAGAGUCACAGUGGGACAGCCAGAGCGCAGCGAACAGCUGAAAUGAAGAGUGAGCGGCGUAGUGUGCCUAGCCUCUGGAUCUAAUAUCACCUACCUGCCCUUGUCACUCUGGUACUCCGCACAGCUAACAGUAUCAGCCCGAGAUACAUAUUUGCUCUUCCUUCAAUCAAAACGCCGUUGCAUUUUCAUCCAACGCGAAUAAUGCUGGGUUUCUUCUAAAUACAUUUUAAGCCGUUUAAACAACUUUUUUUAAACAUUAAUUUGCCAGAGGAGACGUGUUGUUGUGAAUCUUAACACCACUGAUUCCCCCUUUUCUCUAUCCGUCGGACGUCUCUCUUUUUUUUGCUUGCACUGAGGGAACUUAAUCCGCCUCUGACAGCGAGUUUUGCGCGCUAUCCUAUUCAUAUGAACUCUAUGAAGGAUCCAUUGAAUUUGGACCAUCAUCACCACCACCACCUAACCGGGACUAAACUCUCCUCCACGCACCACACGGCACUAGCAAUGGCCUCUAGUCUGCAGCCGUUGCAGCGGUCUGUGGACUCCAAACACCGGUUAGAGGUGCACACAGUAUCAGACACCUCCAGUCCGGAGUCCGUAGAGAAAGACUCAAAGGGCCAGAGCAAAACUGACGACUCUUCAGAUGAUCCUUCUAAAAAGAAGCGACAGCGGCGACAGAGGACUCACUUCACAAGCCAGCAGCUACAGGAACUGGAGGCCACGUUCCAGAGGAAUCGCUAUCCGGACAUGUCUACAAGAGAGGAGAUAGCCGUGUGGACCAACCUCACAGAGGCCCGCGUCAGGGUGUGGUUCAAGAACCGGCGAGCAAAAUGGAGGAAAAGGGAAAGAAACCAGCAAGCCGAGCUAUGCAAGAACGGCUUCGGUCCUCAGUUCAAUGGACUUAUGCAGCCCUAUGAAGACAUGUACCCCAGCUACACAUACAACAACUGGGCCGCCAAAGGGCUAACUUCGGCCUCCUUGUCCACCAAAAGCUUCCCUUUUUUCAAUUCCAUGAACGUCAACCCUUUGUCAUCGCAGACGAUGUUCUCCCCGCCCAACUCCAUCUCUUCAAUGAGCAUGACUUCCAGUAUGGUGCCGUCCUCGGUUACUGGCGUGCCCGGUUCGAGCCUCAACAGCCUCAAUAAUUUAAACAACCUUAGCAACCCCUCUCUGAAUUCGGGAGUUCCCACGCCAACCUGCCCAUACGCCCCGCCGACCCCUCCUUAUGUGUACAGGGACACUUGUAACUCCAGUCUGGCAAGCCUGAGACUGAAAGCCAAGCAGCACUCGAGUUUUGGAUACACCAGUGUUCAGAAUCCAGGCUCAAAUCUGAGCGCGUGCCAGUACGCCGUGGAUAGACCAGUGUAAUACCUGAGAAUUUCACGAGCCCCAGUCAGAGGAACGAGAGACUACUUCUUUUUUUUUUUCAAAAGGGCACUAGAAUACUAAACCACCGAAACCCGCGAUGGAGUUUCAAACUUAAACGGAAGUAAUUAGGCUUUUUUUUUUAUCCUAAUUAGUAUUUUGUUCUACACCGGCGAGUGGAGAAUGUAUGAUACUUUACUUUCCACGCUUGUUUAUUUUGAGGUUUCUAAUUUUGGACGUUAAUUGACUGAAAGGUUGUAUAUAUAUCGAAAUAUCAUCUCCAGUUUAUUGAGGCGAAUGCUGUUGCUCUCCAGUUUUCUCAAGGUUAAAUUUAACAAAGCAUGUGAAAACCCUAAAGGAAUAAUGUUUUGCUUGCAAACAAGGGAAUGUACAUACUAAACGCACCAGUUGUGUGUUUCUAACAUAUUAUAAAUUUAUUAUUAAAUGUCUGUGUGAAUAUCGAUUUAGAGUAGCAAUCUUGCGUAUAAAAAGACGCAUCAAAUGUUCCUGCGAAAUUAAAUUGGUUUUGCUCUGUGUAUACUAUUUAGUACGGAAUUUUGUUUCGGUUUUUUUUCAACAAAAAAAUAAAUAAACUAUUGUGUUUUAUUUAAUGGAAGUAAAUAUAUUGUUCAAAACGUUUUGUUGAGGAUUUUUGUGCUGAUCAAAGUGUUAGUGUGAGUUUUGUCGAGUCUAUAGUGCAGGGAAUGACAGUGUGUCUAUCGGGGUUCGAUUAUGCUAGCUACCAGGCCUACUAAUCUAAAGCGAAAACAAUGGCCCUCUCCAAUACACAUAUGAAUCGAGACGCAGGGAGAUUCACGAGUGGAGAGGGCGAGAUGCCCCGCCAGAUUAACUGCUGAAUACAUGUCUGCUUUUUAGCCAAGGACCCGGAGUGAUCACUGGUGCUUGAAAUAACACUGGAAUCAACAAACUGGAAUUGGACCACACAACAAAGGCCCGAGCUCAUUACCUUCUGACACAUAAUAAUCACGAGUGCUAUAUAUAGCCAAACAAUGAGCAGCACUGGACGUUUAAGAUGCGCCUCUUGAUGCAGUGGAAAGUGAUUAUAGACUUACAUAACAUUCUAUAUCACAAAAUAAUCAAUAAUACCAAUACAAUGUUAGCAUCUUGUUUUUAUUUUGACUUGUGCAAUGUUCUACAAAUCUCUCAUAAACACAACGAUUAACUAUUGCAAAACCAUUCUCUAGCCUAUUUGAGAUAUAGGCUAUAUGACAGGCCUAUGGCCUCGUGUUCUGGGCGUAGAUGUUCAUAUUGUAAAUAUUUUCACUUUUGCUAUAUUUGUUGUGCAGAUCUACAACAAUCUGUCUUUUCAAUAAGAUAACAACACCAAUCAUAAUAUCAAUAACAAUUGGCUAACUAUGACUACGAUAAUAACAAUGUUAUACUUGGCUGAAUAGUACAUUAAACAUUUUUAAAUGUGGCCUACUAUUUUUUCCAGAGAGCCCAUGCACCUUCUGUUACGCAUUGUGUUGACAUGUUCGUUCCGGGAUGGUAGUUUUGUCUAUACAGUCCUGUUUACAAUGUGCUGUGUGGUCCGUUAUCAAAUGCACCAGUGCGUUUAUAGAAAAUCAAAACAACUACAAGGCACCGAGAAAAUAUAAUUCACAAGUUUGAACAAACAAAGAAAGCUCGGGGACGGAGGAGGCUGAGACUUGCGAUCUAAUGUCAGCGCAGAGCUCGAGAUCAUUGUAGAGCGCUGAUGAAAAAUGGAAGAGUUACCACUGUUGGCCACAUUGGCUAACAAGGAAAAUCCAACCUUCAGCAGAUGUCGAGGGAAAUAGCCUUCCAUUCGAAAUCAAAUGCACUGUGCAUGGGGGUUUAUUUGGCCUAGAGGAAUUAUUUCAUAUUUUCAGGUGAGCCCUUGUUCAUACAAUGUUUGAAACAAUAAUUGACCUAAUUUAGUUGUGCUGUAGCGAAAGUCAAUCACUAUUUUAUUAGCACAUAUUAAUGCGCGUUGAGGCUCAUCAAAUAUAACAUAACAUGAAAUAAAUACUGGUCUGAUUUUUUUUAGCAGCAUCCACCAGCUGGAGCACCUAGGCUACACCAAACGAACCUUUUCCAUAAAAAGAGCCCCCCUAAAAAUGUUUCCUAAAGACCUGGAGGCAGUACAUUUUCAAUUUCAGAUCCACUCGAGUUUGAUGGAGUCGGUAACAUGGAGCAAUAUUAGACUGACAAUGAUAAAUCUUGCAGCCUGGCGAAUAUGCAGUCUGCGUCUCAAUACACAUCCCAAUCAACAUUUGGGCACAGAGGGCCUGAAGAGACUUCAGGGAGUCUUCAGGGAGACAUCUCACUCGCCCAGAAACCGCCCAAGCCUCCAGACCUCUCCUUCUGUUAAGCAUGGACUACCUGGAUGUCCACUUCCACUGGGGCUGCAGUGAGACAAAGCUACUGGGAUCUCAUAUAGGACCUACGGUCUUCUGACAGACACCUGCUACAGUACCAGGGAGAACCAUGGCACCACGGUCCUCUACCUCUAUUCAUCUAGAUUCUACACUACAGUGUGGUUCAUGCUCAUGCUGCAGUGGAACAUGAUGCCCAGUAAUACUGAAUGACUAAUCUAAUCAUAUUGAAAAUAGUUUGUUUCAGUUCAAGUUUCAUUCUACUGUACCAGUGUUCAUUAUAUGCAGUUGCUAAAAUGUAUAUGGUUUGUCUUGACAAGAUGCAAGCAUUGAUUAUUACAUUGUUAUUCACAAAGAUGAUUAUUGUCUCAAUACAUAAAAUGUCCAUAAAACAUGUUGGGAUUAAAAAGGUUUAAACU